GACGUAACCCGCGCAGGACGACCGAACGUGAAUUGGGCUAGCGUACAUUGCAGAUAGGUAGCAUAACAUCGCUGCAUAUUGUCUUGUACAACCGAAAGAAAUAAAAUAUUUUAAAAAUUACGGAAUAUUUUGGAUUAUGUAGCCUGUCCUCGUUCUGGAUUCUACAUGUUUGCGACAUAGGAUUGAAAAUAUAACCCACGAGCCGACGCUAACAAUCAUUAGCUUGAUGGGGGAAGCUGGAGCUUGCAGUGGAUGCAAGGAUAUAACUUUUACACCAAAUGAACUGAGAACACAAGACAGGAGACGUAUUUAAGAUGCUUCGCUAUAGCGUGGCAGCAGUCUGAGGCAACAGUAUCACAAUGUACCUGAGCUCCAACAACUCCACAAAGUCCAGCUGCAGCAGCAGCAUCACUGACCUGCUGAGCGCCCUCUGUGACUGCAGCCUGUCAGGAGUAUCAUGGAAGCGCAGGGCCUUGGGAGGCACUUCCAAGGAAAGUUUCCACAGAACUCUCAAGAAGAGAGCGUACGGUGCCCUGCUGUCCAAGAUAUUUCAAGAUGGAAGCAAAGGGUCUGCCUCUAGACCGAAUGCUACAGCAAAUACACCAGCCAGGAACAAAGUCAUCAUGAUGUGUUUUGAUCUGAGGGUGGCAGGAUGUUGUGAGGAAGCAGAGAAGUUGGAGGAGCAGCUGGAGAGGCUACCAGAAGGAGCUUCCUCUGGUCUGAAAGAACUGGAAGCGGUUCUUGAGCUGCUGGUGUUUCUAGCUGGCUCUGCUCCUCCACCACCUACCUCCUUUAGCAGGGACUACAUGAGACGAGAGAGACUUGUCCAACGGAAGCCACAGCCCUGGAGUUACCAGAGUGAGGAGCUGCAAAGGCUCGAGGCCCGGGCGUGGGGUCUAGUGUGUGCAGAGGAAUGGGGGACUUUGGAGACUCUUUGUGGAACUCAUAGUUUUAUGGAUGCUCUGCCAGGCACAGGACUGCUAGCUUUGAGGACUAAAUCUGAAGCAGAAGAAAGAUUUGAAAAGGAAACCAGGCUGACAUUGUUUGGAGCUCUGCAGCAUAGUCGUACAUCAGACAUGGACAUCAGGCUGGACAUGCCUCCUGUGCCCAGUAAUAUUGAUGUUACUGGGUUAUCUUUCAGGGUUCCUUCCUGUUUAGACCAGUCUGACGAUGAGGGAUUCCAGUCAGCCUCUAACAUGACCCCAGACUCUCAGUCAGAGACCAGCCCUGUUCCGGACGUUGAUAUCUGGGAGGCUCUCUCCACAUUCGAGCAUGGAAGACGGCGCUGCUGGGAGUCUGUUGGCUGCCCACCAGGAAAACGAGAGUCCUUCUACGUAUCGGAGGGAGGCAGAGAGGCCUUUGAUCAGCUCUAUCGGCUGUGGGAGGGGGAGAUGAGGGUAGUGAGCACCGGUACACCCUCUCCCAUCCUGCUGCUGCCCCAGGACUCCCAGACGCAAUUAGUGUCUGACCUCCUGAAUGUCCUGAUCGGAGUAGCUUCCACCACCUUCCCUCUCAACCAGAGCGUUCAGUUUGACGUCAGGCCUGGUGUGUGUGUGUCGGGAGCCUCUCCAGAGAGCGUGUCUCGUCUUCUGGGGGAGCUGGCCCAGUAUGGCACCUACUACCUGAGGCUUAGCCGUUUUUCUCUGCAGAGUGCUGACAAGAAGGGCCUAGUCUUUCAGGCGUUUACCGGUGGUCUGAGUAAGUAUCUGCACUACUACAGGGCUUGUGUUCUCACCACCCCACCCACUCUCAGCCUGCUGACUAUCGGCUUCCUCUUCUGCAAAGUCGGCCGCCAACUCAGGUACCUGUCUGAGCUGUGCUGUGUGGAUGGACCUUUGGGUGUGGGCCAAGCCACCUUCCCUGUGGGGGUCAAACUGCUGUCCUACCUGUACAGCGAAGCGCAGAAUAACUGCAGCAACGAGAACUACCCCGUCCUGCUGUCGCUGCUGAAGAGCAGCUGCGAACCUUACACACGGUUUGUGUCUGACUGGGUGUACAGCGGAGUGUUCCGAGAUGUUUAUGGAGAGUUCAUGAUUCAAGUCAACGAGGAAUACCUCAGCUUCAGGGACAAACACUUCUGGGUUCAAGGCUACACUCUGAUCUCGGAGGACGUGGAGGACUGUGUGCCCGCCUUCCUCAGACACAUUGCCAACGACGUGUAUGUCUGUGGAAAAACAAUCAAUCUCCUGAAAAUUUGCUGUCCACAGCAUUACAUCUGCUGGUCGGAGGUGCCGGUUCCCCGCAUCGCUGUCACCUUUUCCCUCCAGGAGGUGGAGGAGAUUGAGAGAGGCUGUGCUGUGUAUCGCGGACGCAUGGAGAGGAUUGCAAAGCACAGCGCUGUCAGCAGGGAGGAGCAAGCCCUGCGAACGGAGCAGGUCCGCCAGGAGCUGAUCAAUCAGGUCAGAGAGUCGGCAGCAAAUACGCUGGAGAGCAUCCGAGGGCGCCAGGUGUCACUGCGUCUGGCUGAGGAGGCCAAGAAACGGGAGCGCUUUGAGGAACUGAAACAGCACUUGGAACAGGAGCAAGAGUGGAGAAACGCAGCCAAGAAGAAGCAGGAGGAGGACGACUUCAGCUUUGCCAGAGAGCUGAGAGACAGAGAGAAGAGACUACAAGCCCUGGAGGAGCAGCUGGAGCAGAGAGCCAGGAAGGAGCUGAUCGCUCAGUACAGCCGUUUAUCAGAGGACGCAGCUCGCAGGGAGAGACGGGCCCUAUGGAGAGUGCAGCGAAUGAGACUCAGCCAAGCCCGGGCCCACUUCUUCAUGCUUGACAGGCAGAAAAUUCAAACAAUGCUGGAGAAUUACCCUUUAGCCGAGGAGAGACCCCCCGAUGUAUUACCAGCUGUUCCCGCAGCACAACAAACACAUGAGGAGCAGUCAGCUGAGACUGUGCCCCCCCCACAGGGUUCAUCUACAGCAGAAGCUGCUCUCAUCUCUGAGGACGUUGACAUCGGUGACCUUCUCCCUAAAUCACCAAAGCCUGACAGUCAGCAAGUGGAUAAAGCCCUGGAAGGGAUUGGUUCUGACCUGCCUGAAGCCGGCCCUGCUGCACAUCUUGUAGAGUAUGACUUUAGCGCCCCCUAUAGUCCACUUGAAGGUAUUGUUGGCCAAGCCUCGGUCCAGUCCAGACCUCGUUGGGGGGCUGCAGUCCAGCCUGAGCUGAUCCAAAACCUAAAUCCACUCAAAGAACAUAUGUCUCGAGAAGGUCUGGCUGAUGGUGCCUUGGCUGCCAUAGCAACAGAAGAUGACAAACAUCCAGGUGGUCACACUGCACUCAUACGUUGUUCUGAUGACGGAAAACCUUUAGAGGCAAACAAUCAACUCCACAGCUCAGAGGCUCCAGAUAAAGCUGCUGAAGGGAUUUCUCUCUCAGACAUCAAGAGUUCAGUCUCCACUGCUUGUGUCAUUGAUGUCUGUCAGUCCUCCUUCCAUGGACAUUACUCAGAUGCUCACAUAAAGACUAGACAUUAUGUAUCAGAGGUAGCUGCUCCCUCCCCAGAUGUUCAUGGUCAUGCCUCAGACUCACGCAUCAAGAUCGGAGAAAAUGUUUCCGGUGCGAGUGCUCCUCCACCGUCCUCCAGGACACACAGACACUCGUCUGAUGCUCACAUCAAAAUUGGGGAAAAUGUUUCUGAAUUUGUCCCUCGUCUCCCAACUCCUAAUGUCCACGGCCACGUUUCUGAGGCCCACAUCAAAGUUGGGGAGCUCGUAUCGGACAUAACAGCUUCUCUGCUGCCACCCAGUGUCCAUGGCCACAUCUCAGAUUCUCAUAUAAAGGUUGGGGACAACGCUUCAGACUUUGUGUCUCUGCGUCCUGCUCCCAGUAUUCAUGGACACUCCUCAGAUGCUCAUAUUACAGUAGGUGAGUUUGUGUCCAACGUAAGUGAAGCAAGACCUCGUCUGAGCAAACACGGUCAUGUCUCUGACUGCUCCCUUCAGCCGGGCUGCGUGGUUUCAGGAGCAGAGCCACCCUCCUCCGCUUUGCCUGGAAGUUCCUAUGGACACUCCUCAGAUUCAGCCUUAGGUGUUGGAUGUGUGGUUUUAGGAGAUGAGCCCAAACGUUCGCCAUUACCCGGCAGCACCCAUGGUCAUUCAUCAGACUCUAACUUAGGUGUCGGAUGCGUCGUCUCCAAAGUGGAUCAGCUUCCAUCACCGCUGCCAGGCAGCGCCUACGGCCACUCGUCAGACUCGACCCUGGGAGUCGGGUGUGUGGUGUUGGGGACAGCAGCUCCUCCUGCUGCUUCACUAGGCAGCGCCUACGGACACUCGUCAGACUCCUCACUGGGGGUUGGGUGUGUGGUGAAAGGGAGAGACUCCAAGCACCAGCUGAAGACAAAAGACUUGGACAAUAAAGGGUGUGGAAGCCCCACUGAGCAGCUUGUUGAAGGGACUGGAUGCUGGAUGUCUGGUUCUGUUUUAUCUCCUGGGGAGAAGUCGGAGCAGGAAUACCUUAUGGCUUUAGCCUCUCGGUACCAAGUGGAACAUUAUGAAGACUGCUACAACUUGAUGACUCUGUCUCCUGAGUGUCAGCUGCUGAAGCAGGUGACUCGGGGCCCCUGGGGACUUCCUGUGGACCCCACACUCCGCAGAGCCACAGACACCACAGCUGUCCAUCUCAGUGAGAUGGUCUCUCUUCCUGUACUGAUAAAACACUCUGUCACCGCGCCGCUCAUCACACACGUGUCUUUGGUGAAUAAGGCUGCGGUGGACUACUUCUUUGUGGGGUUGGGAGUGGAACGACACUUCGAGGCCCUGCGCCACUUCCUGCUGAUGGAGGAUGGAGAGUUUGCACAGUCACUCAGUGAUCUGAUAUUUGAGAAGAUGGGCAGUGGUCAGACCCCGGGGGAGCUGCUGACUCCUCUGGUGCUCAACUCUAUCCUCAGUAAAGCUCUACAGUACAGCCUGCACGGGGACACGCCUUUAGCCUCCAACUUCACCUUCGCCCUCCGCUUCCUCCCGCAAACCUUCCAUCCUCACGCCCCGGACUCCCUCAACUGUUUGGAGCUGCGCUACAAGGUGGACUGGCCGUUGAAUAUCAUCAUCACGGACAGCUGCAUGAACAAGUACAACCGCUUGUUUUCAUUCCUGCUGCAGCUCAAACACAUGGUGUGGAGCCUCAGGGACGUUUGGUUCCACCUCAAGAAGACAGCCCUGGUGAAAGGUGCAGGUCGCUCCGUGCAGUUCCGCCAGCUGCAGCUGUACAGACACGAGAUGCAGCAUUUCGUCAAAGUCAUUCAGGGUUACAUCACCAGCCAGAUCCUGCAAGUGUCCUGGACUGAGUUCACGGCCAAGCUUGCCACUGCCAACGACCUGGAUGCCAUACACCGCACACACGCCGACUAUCUCAACAGAGCCAUCUUCAGGGGUCUGUUGACAGAGAAAGCAGCUCCAGUGAUGAACAUCAUCCACAGCAUCUUCAGCUUGAUCCUUAAAUUUCGGGCGCAGCUGAUUGCACAGCCCUGGGGCAACCAACAGGGGGAGGCGGUGCACCCCAGCUUUAUUGCCAUGCAGCAGUCAUACAACACCUUCAAGUACUACUCUCACUUCCUGUUUAAAGUGGUGACUAAGCUGGUGAACAGAGGCUAUCAGCCUCACUUAGAGGACUUUCUGCUUCGCAUCAACUUCAACAACUACUACAAGGACUCCUAACACACAGGCUGCUCUGUUCUAUGUGAGGAGAAUUUUAUCGUGUCACCAAAAUAUUUUAAAGUCAAUCUCUGCUGUGCUUUAUGACAAAACGUGGCUUUGAUGAACUUAAAUCAGUGUUGAAUGCUGUCAUUUCUGCACAUUUGAAUAACAAAGACUCUGUUAAGAGAUCAAAUUGUGUUAAUCCAUCUCUCAUACACAGGUGUUGUAAUGACAGGCAUUUAAAUCUAAUAUAAAUUGGAUGUGUCUGUGUGUAAAUACAAAUGUUUUGUUGAAUAAAAGCUCUAUUGUGGA